CGUGCGCUCUAACACUGUUACGAUGUAUUGUAUUGUUUGUGGUCAUGGUUGUGAUCUGGAAAAUCGCAUUUAUAUUCACAGUUUUCCCAAAAGUCCUCUCAGAAGAGCUGAAUGGUCAAGGAUACUGUUUGACACAGAAAAGCCUUAUUCAAAAUUGACCAGGAUAUGCAGUCGGCAUUUUUCACGUAAAGCUUUCGUUGGACACCGCCUCAGCCGAAAUGCAUAUCCACUACCCUGGGACACAGCUUCUUCAGAUGCAAAAUAUGAUUGUAAAAAGAAACUGAAAGUACCUGUUGAUGUUGUCAAUGCCAUAGAAGUAGUCAAUCCAUCCAACAUCAAGAAAGAGUCUGGCAGAUCCAAGCAGCAACAAGCAGAACCAAUUUUACCCACGUCGGAUAUCUCAAAUUUCAAUGUUCUAAUUCUUGAUUUUAAUGAUCCAGCCGCUCAACUUACCAGUGAAUUAUCUAAGGAAAUUGGAAUGGAUUACCUACGGGUAGGAUGCAAGCUUACGAAAGUUACCUUAUUCAUUCGCCGGGAGAAUAUUACAAACCAGAGUCAAAUUUUAUCACUGUUAGCCGCGCAGAACGUAGCUUUCGCCGUAGACUCAUGGCACUUACUGCACAAGACGCAGCUCGGCAACGGCAUAUUUCUGGUGUUUGGCGUGCCUCCCGAAGAGCUGGAGCUUCUCAAGAAAAACGAUCUGAAAUUGCAUUAUAAAUUUCAGUAUCUGACUGUUAAAGUGACUGCCGACGAGCUAUAUGUGAUGAAAAUCAUACACACAACAUAAAUGAUAAGAAACA